AAAAGUUCACUUAUUAAUCAUUAACUUGGCUUUCGCACUUACUUGAUACAAACCACCAACAUGGGACUGUAUCAAAUAUUGCGUGUAGACCAAAACAUACUUACAGUAUACUUCGGAAAAGGAGCAAAUACAAACAAACAGCAGCAACAACAAGAAAAACCAACCACAAUGCCGAGCAAACAAAAUUAUGCUAAAAAUCCGCCCCUAUCAACGCCAAACGCUACUUAACAUGCCACCCUGUCAGUUUGCCACUUAAAAAGCGUAAAUCAACAUUUAAUUUUAUUCAAAUCUCAACACACACAUACGCGAGCGCGCACGAACCACAAACACACAUAUGUGUGGGCAUGCCAGUGUGUUUGUUGUAACAAAGUAUGAGCGCCAUCAAACCAAAUGUAUAAACCAACAAAGCCAACAACUUACAAUACAGCCGAACACAAGAAAAAACCAAAACACAAACUAAAAGAACUACAAUAACAACAACGUGAAGCAAUGAAAAAGUGGCAACAAUGUGCCACAAAAAUGCUGACGAGAAAUUCACCAAAGGUGCUGAGAGGAAGAACACCAUAAUACCAUACCAUAUGGUGAGACAGGGCAGGGAGAAGAGGGGUUAUACACAGAGGGCUGGAUAAACGUAUACAUAAAUGCCAAAAAUAGUAAGCAUUACAGCCAAAGAAUGCCAUUUGAAGAAGAAAAACUGUAGUAAUAAGAAAAAAAAAAACAUAUCGGAAAAAAUGUAAGAGAGUAGUGGAAAGAGGAGUCCAGCUGGAGGCACAGCCAGAGCAAAUGUGUGUGAGAGCCAUUUAAUGUGUCAAAAAUAAAACACAAACAAAUUGACAUAUGCAUGUGUAAUUAUUACAUUAAGCAGAAAUGGAACUGACACGCUGUCGUCGAUGAGCGGACGGUGGGGGAUGAACGGCCGAAAAGAGAGUGCGCGCAGCGAGUGUGAGCAGGCGAAAAAUUGGGAGCGACAGGAAGGCCAGGCAUUGGUAGCGCCGACAGGAGCGGUGACAAUUGACAGCGACGAUGUACUUACACAUAUUUGUGUGUGUGAGUGCAUGUAAAUACAGUGUGUGUGUAAUGGGGCGACGGAUAAGAAACAAAAAUUAUACGCAUAUACACAUAUGCACAGAAAUCCAACGAAAUGACGAUAAGAAACUUGGGCUAGAGGGGCGCACAGUGGUUCAACAUAAAUAAGGUAUGUACAAGUGUGUGUGCCAGCGAAGGUUUGAUGACUGAGUAAUGCUGCCGAAACGACGCGCGUGCGACUUACUGGCUGACUGACUGCUAUUGCGGCGUUGAUGGCCAACAAAGGCGAAGAAGCAGAGCAUAAAAUAUAAAAAGUCGUAAACAACAACAACAACACAGGAAAGCAUAAUAUGAAGUCAGCCAGCAAACGUUUUCAAAAUAAAUCAACACAAGCAGCAAAGCAGAGGCAAACGCGCAGAAGACAAAAGAGCAGAACAAGCAGAAGUCGAGAUAUGAACAGCAGCAGCACAGCAAAAUCAAAAAACAACUACUACUGCGCUAAUAAAACUCAACAAACAGCGACACAGCGCUGCCACCAGAAGGCGGAGCGGCGCGGCGCGGCGAGAAAAAAUGUGCACGCUCGUUGACAGCAGCCAGCCAAACGUGUAUGAAAAAUAAUAAUCGAAAUAAAAAGCAUGGCGAACGUAAAAGCCAGCGAAAAAGUUAUGAAGAGCAAAAUGUAAAGCGCGUGAGGGCAACAGCGGUGCGCUGUUGGGGGAGUGUGUGCGCACUGAGUCGACAUCAACAGAGGCAAUAACAGCGCCAGAGGCUAGAGGGUGGAAGGCGCUUACAGGUUGGCAACGCGCGCGCAACGCCAACAGCGCGGCACCGACGCAAUUGCAAUGUGUGCUUAACGACGUUGUGUUGUUUGCGAGUGCUGUCACUACUGGCGCAACGCGAGGCGAUCGCCGUCACCGUCACAGGGCCAACGAACAUUUCACAUGGGAAAUAAACAUGCACAAGCACACGCACCUACAUAGAUGUAGAUAUGCAAACGUACCAGCAGCGCGGACGACAAACACAAACGUAUGCACGCGCUAGCUGGCAAUACUCUGCGGUUGUAUGGGCGCUUUACGCUCGUUAACCGACGCAUACACAUACCACACAUGCUCACGCGCGUGUGUGUUAGAAAGGUAGACCAGCUGUACGCGCGUAUGUGCAUGUGAGCGCUCGAUAUCUGUGAGAGGCACACAGCCAAAGUAAAACUCAAAUCGCAUGCAACAACAACCAGCGCGGCGAUGUACGCUCUCACAAUAUUUUAAUUUUUAAUUUUUUGUAUUGCUUGUCUUCGCUGACGCUUCAACAAAAGGGGCGCUCAGCGUGCGGAAAGGUGCUUAGGGAGCGCGGUUAGCGGCUGUGACGCGCUAGCAGAGCCAAACGCUACAUUCAGUGCGCUCACACAGAGUUAUGCGCAUAUAAAUUUAUUUAUAUAUAGCCUAUAUGUGUGUAUGUGCUAUGAACAUUGAAAAUGAAGCGAGCGCUGCCGAGACGCGCAAACGAGUGAACAGCACCCCAUAACAGUCUACGUAUAAACAUACAUACUUUCGUACCUUGAUGUAGGCAGCCAGCCGUCGCGGCGGCGUAGCGCUGAGGCAACGAGCAAACCAAACCGAACGUACGUACGAGCAAACGAACGUGUAGCGCACGAACGGCCAGCCAGCAGUACUACGGCCAAGCGAUUCAUUUAGCAGAAGCAGUUUUUAGUUUCGAGUUUUGUGCUGUCGCUGUUAGUUCGGCCGCAAAUUGAAGUUUAGUUCCUUUCUGGCUGCUGUCAAAUGUCGUCAUGUUUUCUUGAACGUACGCGCGACGCGGCAAUAAACAACAAAACACAAAAUCCAUGCAGUAAUUUGCAAACAGCAAACAAGUAAUUUGUGAAAGACGUGAACAAGUGAAAAUAUACUAGAAAUUCACAAAACAAUAAAUUAAAUUAAUUAAUUGAAAAAUUAGCAAAUAUUUGGAUCGAAUUAAUAAAAAUUAAGUGAAACAAUUAAGCGCGCUGUCAACGCUAGCACAUUGGAUUACGGCGUUUGACUGAUAAAAAAAAGAAUAAAAAAUAAACAGCAAAAACAAUUUAAGCAUUCUUAAUUAAAUUAAAUGGUAAUUGAUUACAAAUUAAUUUAAUAAUCAAUUCCAGCAAUGUGACAGCUGUGUGCAGCAAUUGAGCAGCAUUUCGAGUGAUAACAACAUAUUUUGGAAACACUAAAAAUUUUUCCAAAAAUUCAUAAACUCUAGUGUACAGUGCAAAGCAAUUGAAGCAGAAUAAACAAAACUAAAUUGUGAAAGUUUUUUAUGCACAAAACGGAGAAAAAUUAAUUCAAUUUAAGUGCAAGUGACAAAAAAUUGCAGCAGUCAACAAAAUUGUUACAAAAACAAAUUAAAUAUUUUACAGCUAACCGGUUCGAGUUCGAGUGAUUUGCACAACAAAACAAUAAAACAACAACAACAAAUGGUGUAGUGUUUGUCUUGCAAGCGACAGCGGUGAAAUUUUGUUUGACGAAAGCCAAGAAAUCUAACAAUAGCAAAAAAGCCAGUUGACAGUUGAAAAAUUGGAGCAAUGCAAUAAAAAGUGCUGGCAACACAAAAAAUAUUUCAAACAACAACAACAAACAUUGUGAAGUAGAUAAAUUAUUUAUAAAAAAAUUUGCAAUAACUUUUUCUUGCUGCAAAAUUUUGGCGAAAACAUAAAACUCAGAAAUUUUAUUGAAAAAAAAAUCACAACAAAAACAGCAACGCACAAUUUACGCUGAUAAGCCGCAACUCUACUAAGCCACACUCCAUUAGAGUGUUAAGUGAUUAAAUUUGAGCAAAAACUAAAACUCAGCUAGUGCUAGGCGAAAGCAAAAACAAUUUUUAGACAAAAAAUGCGCAUAAUUGAAAUUGUGGCAAAAUCGAAAAAAUUCAAAUACAAGCACCAAAAUUGUGAAUGAGCGCAAAAAAUCGCGAAAGUGUGACAGAAUAUAAUUUUUAAAUACAAAAACAAAAACUGUGAAAAACAAAAAAAAAAUUUAAAUUAAUUUCUGCGCAAAAAAUAUAAUUGUAUUAGCAACAAUUAAAACUCGCCAAACCGUUGUUGGUUCAGCGUUUAUGCCGUAAAUGAAAUUGCUGGCUGCAAGAAUUCCUCAACGAACGCCAGCACGCACCACAACGCUGAGCGAUCACACACACACUCAGGCAGGCAGUAGCUGUGUGAGCGAUAAGUUGCAAGCAACAAAAGAACACGUGCAAGCUGACUAGAGCGAGCAGCAACAGUAGCAGAUAAGCCAUAAAAUGUAAACAGCAGCAACGGCAACAACAAAAACAAUAACAAUCAGCAUUCGCAAAAUAGUGCAGAAAGAUUUAAGUGUAUGCAUGCGAAAAGAUAACGACGAAAUCAACUUAAAUUCCAAGUUCCUCAACUCAAAUGUAAUUCGAAAGGAUUUUCAACACUUCAACAGUAUUAUUGCAAAACAAAAACAAAAAAAUUAAGUAAUUACAACAACACAUAUUCCUAAAAAUUAAACGUGUAAGCGAACAAAUUUUUCUUUGAAAACAAAUUGCGAACAAAAACAGCAAGAAAAGUUAGAACAACACCAUUUAUUGUAAAAAACAACAACAACAUCGAAAGCAGUGUAUUGUAAAUUGUCGAAGCAUUUUCGGUGUGGUGAUUGAUUGGUGCAAACGGCCGCAAAAAAGCCAGUGUUAAUGUGUGUUUUUUCGAGCGAUGCAACUGAUUGUUGACAAAAUUCCCAUGUUUUCGAAACAAACAACGAAACGCAAUUCCAAAAAGUAAGUUUGGCCCAACAAAAUUGUUAACUAUUUAUUAAUUUAAAAAUAUAUGAAAUACUUUCCACUACUGUGCCGUAAGAAAUACGAAAUAAAUUGUAAAUCGAAAAAAUAACGAAGUUAGAAAAUAAAAGUAUUUAAAUUCAAACACCAAAAACAUAUUAAUUACUUACAAAGCCCACCUGAGGCAACAAAAAAUCCGCUCUCUCAAUUUCCAUGUGUGUGUGUAAUUGGUGAAGUGACACUAUAUUCACUAAAUACUUGUAUACCGUUAUAAUAAUUUGCACUUCAGAAACUAGAACGAAAUUUAAACAACAACAACAAAAUCAAUAACAACAACUAAAACAACAAUUCGUUACAACAACCAUAAUUUGUAAUUUUGGCAAUCAGCACAACAACAGCAGUUACUGCCAUUUGUACAACAACAAUUGCAUUGUUACUGCUCCUUCCACGGAUUUGUUAAUUGAAAUUUAGAAAAAAUGAUGAAAUGAACGCCGGCAACGGCUCCUCGAGGGCGCCAGCCUCCGGGAGCCAGAUAUCACCACAACUACCCGACGUACAAACGCAGCAGCAACAGCAGCAACAUCAACAACAACAGCAGCAGCAUCAACAGCAAGCGCAACAACAGCAGUUACAACAUCAGCAGCAACAACAACAACAAUCUGUACAACAAAAUAAUAAUACAUACGGCAACUAUCCACCAAUAUACAACUCACCAGGAGCACAGAAUGGCAUCACACCACCAAUCGGUCAAUACUCCAUGGGUGAGCCUGAUACAUUACGCACACUAAAGAAUACAUUUGGCCCGAAUUCCGAAUUUACAACAAGCGGCUACGGUAACUAUAGUAAUAUGGUAACGGCGAAUGGUGGUGGUCUGCAGCAGCAACAACAGAUGGAUAAUAUGAGCGGCAUGGCCGGUGGAUAUGGACAGAUGAGUGCCAAUCAAAUGCAUGGUGGCAAUGUGCAAAAUCUCUACAUGAAUGGCAACAUCGGCGCAACGGGCAGCGGUAGUCCAAGUGCGACCAAUAUGAAUAGCGCCGGCGGCAUUGGCGGUGGCGCUGGUGCCUCCCAAGUGGCUGGCAAUCCAAAUGUUAACAUGAAUGCCGGCUCCAACAUGCAAAUGGGACACAUGAAUGCAUACAAUGGCGGCGGUGGUGGCCCCAAUGGCAAUCCCAAUAUAGCGCCAUCUAGGCAUCAAAUGAACCCAAUGAAUCAGAUGCAGAAUAUGAGUAUGGGUGGCGGUCCACAAAUGACGCCACAGCAACAGCAGCAGGCAAUGAGCGGCCUUGGACCUAUGGCCAAAAUGCAAGGCAUGGCGAACGGUGGUUAUGCGCGACGCAGCACACCAUAUCCCAGCGCACAAAUGCAUGCGGCGCAGAAGCGAGCUAGCUACACCUCCAUGGGUAAUCCUUCGAUGCAGAAUGUUCCUCCGCAAAUGAGCAUGCAACAUUAUGGUCAGCAGAUGCAUCCGCAAGCGGGUAGCGGUGUGCCAGUACCUAUGCAAGCGGGCGCCUAUGCUCGUGGCGGUCCAAUGGGUGGCUAUGGCAGAGCUAAUGCAAUGGGUCCAGUCGGUAUGGGCCCCGGUAGCUUGGGUCCGGGUGGUAUGGGUCCGGGUGGUAUGGGUCCAGGUGGCAUGGGUCCCGGUGGUAUGGGUCCAGGUGGCAUGGGUCCUGGUGGAAUGUGCCCAAGCGUUAUGGGUCCAGGCGGUAUGGGUCCUGGUGGUGUGAGUGCAAUGCAACGUGGUAUGCCACAAGGUCCAGGCGGUUAUAGUGCCGCUAUGGCGCAUCAACAGAAUCAAUACUAUCCAGGCGUAAAUGGUGCUGGUGGUCCUGGCAUGGGUCCGGCUGGUCCGGGCUCUCUAACGAAUACCGGUUCCAUGUACCAGAAUCAAGGUUUCCAGCAAAAUUACCAACACAGCCCAGUUCCUGGUAAUCCGACGCCGCCAUUAACACCUGCCUGCAGCGUUCCAUACAUCAGUCCGAAUCCAGACAUCAAACCAAUUAUGGACAACUGCGAAGAGAUGCGACUGACAUUCCCCGUCCGUGAUGGCAUCAUACUUCCACCGUUCCGUUUGCUGCACAAUCUCUCCGUCAGCAAUCACGUAUUCCACUUGAAGCAGAAUGUCUACAAUACGCUCAUGUGUCGCUCCGAUCUCGAGCUGCAGUUGAAAUGCUUCCACCAAGAUGACCGACAGAUGAACACAAAUUGGCCGCAUACGGUAACAGUAUCUGCCAAUGCUACACCCCUCACCAUUGAACGCUCGGAGAAGACGGGUCAAGCAUUACGGCCGCUAUAUCUCAAGGCGGUAUGUCAACCCGGACGCAAUACUCUGCAAUUAACCGCUAGUUCCUGCUGUUGUUCCCACUUGUUCGUGCUGCAGCUAGUCCAUCGACCCUCCGUGCGGCAUGUACUCCAGAGUUUGCACAAACGCAACUGCUUACCUGUAGAUCAUUGUGUAGCCAAAAUCAAACGCAACUUCAUGGUCUGCUCAACGACUAACGGCCCAUUAGAACCCGGCGCUGGCAACAUGGAAGCAACCAAGUGCACCAAGAUCUCAUUGAAAUGUCCGAUCAUGAAGUCUCGAAUACGUAUGCCUGCGCGAGGACACGAGUGCAAGCAUAUCCAGUGUUUCGAUCUGGAGGCAUAUCUGCUUAUGAAUUGCGAACGUGGCGCCUGGCGGUGUCCAGAAUGCAAUAAACCUGCGCUAACCGAAAGCUUAGAGAUCGAUCAGUAUGUCUGGGCCAUUUUGGAUAAACUGAAUGGCACGGAUGUGGACGAGGUCAUUGUCGAUUCGAGUGGUAACUGGCGCGCGGCGCAAGGUAUUCAUCAAGGCUCUCCACUCACUGCGAUGUCGGCACAAAUGCCAAGCCCAAUGGCAGGACAGAUGGUUGGUCAAGUGCCUGGCGGACAAAUGCCAGGACAAAUGGGCGGCCAGGCACCUAACCAAAUGGGGGGACAGAUGCCAGGCCAAAUGGGCGCUCAGAUGUCCGGUCAAAUGCCAGGUCAGAUGCCAGGACAAAUGGGUCAGAUGGUAGGAGGCCAAAUGCCCGGUCAAAUGGCUAAUCAAAUGCCCGGACAAAUGGCAGCUCAGAUGGUAGGCCAGAUGGCCGGUCAAUUGAGUGGCCCCAAUGUACCCACUAUUAAACAGGAAAACACAUUUGACGAUCAAUCAAAAGUUAUGUCACCAUGGGACAACUCGCAGGCGAUGAGUCCUUACAUGCAACACGACAUGAAUGCGGGCACGCCUAAUGUACCCGGCGCUGGUCAAAUACGCAGUCCCUUUGAUAUGUAUGGCGGUGGUGACGUUGGUGUCGCCGAUCAGCAUGCAGGUGAUACAGCCAAUUCUCUGGACCAGCUUAACGCCAUGGAGAAAAGCCUAACAGAUCAGAUGCCUCAUACGCCGCACACACCAAUGCAUCCGAUGACGCCCGGCGGUCCACCAAGUGUCAGCUCGGCACAUAACGAGCCAUCGACACCCAAUGCGAAUAUUUCAAACUCCUCACCACAAACACCUGGCACACCCGGCCAACCCGGUGGCCCUACAUCCAAUCGCGCUGGUUCGAAUGAAUCACAUCAACAGCAACAACAUUCACAACAAUCAGUCCAGCAAUCGCAGCAAGAGCAAAUAAUCAAUUCGCUAAUCAACUCACAGCCGAACGGCUUGUCGAAUCUCAACGAAACGGAUUUGAAUGCGGAAUUGAAUAUGGACAACAAUGACGGCUCCGGGGACUUGAAUUUGCUACCGGAUGUUGAUCCCAUGGAAAUUUUGUCGUACUUGGAUCCACAACCCGAUCUGAAUACGCCACCAUCGAGCGGUUCCAGCAACAACAACAAUAAUGAUGACAUACUUUCGACGUUAUUCGAUUGAGACAAUCUACUGAAGGAGUUGUUGUAAACAAAAUGUCAAACCACAACAAAAAAAUAAUGACCAGAAAGCGAACUUUCUAGUAAAAGCGUUGAGGUGUGAGAAUUUGAGCGACACGAACCACCAAUGUGACACAGGGUAUUAAAGAAACAGAAGAAAGUCAAUAAACCGGGUGGCAGCGCGUAACAUUUCCACUUUCGAAGAAUGUCAGAAACAUGCCACGACAUACAGUUAUACAUAUUGUAACAGUGUAAUAAACAAUAUUUGAUGUUUCUUCGAAAACAGAGUAAAAAUAAAAUGAACAAAUUCAAAGUUUAAAAAUUUAUAGAAAAAAAAAUGCAUAAAAACUUAAUGAAAUUGCCAUAUUUUUUUUUUUUUUUUUUUUUUGUAAACUUUCAACGAAAAUCAAACUUUACAAAAAUUAAGUAGAAAUGAACUCGUAGUUGCAGCGCUUAGACCACAGUUUUAUGAAAUAACAACCACACCAACAAUCAACAACAAGCAUAUAGACUAAAAUUACUAAAAUGAAAUAUAAAAGUAUAGCAAUUUCUAUGAGAGCUACCUUUCGAGCUGUAUAUACUAAGUAUUAUUAAUGUUUUAACACACUUAAAUGCAGCAGCAAAGCAAUUGCAAUAUUAACAUUCGCAAAUUUUGCGGGGCCAAGUCUAUUGAACCCUUUAGCGCGCUUUUUUUUUGGUAAGCAACCUUGUACAGUAACUGCACCAUUUUGCCAAAAUCUCCCUUAAAUACAAUGUUUGCAUGAAGUUUGUAAAAUUAUGAAAGCUCUAAUAGUGAAAGCUUUCGACGCAUGAAAGCUCUAAUAGUGAGAGCUUUCGACACAAGAAAGCUCAAAGCUCAAUAUGCCUGAUUAAAAAAAAAACAAACACACACAAUGCUUUGGUGUGAGAAAAGUA